AUGAGUAAUCGCCAACGCAAAAACGCUACUGCUUCACCAUCCCAGGCUGUCGACGACAUUCCCGACGAGGAGAAGAUAAGAUUAAUAAAAUCAACGGGUCUACUUAAAAACCUCAAAGAAUCUAAAAAGGUUUCUAGUGAACUGGAAGACGAUCCAUUCGAAUAUGGUUUUACUUUUCAAGCUUUUCUAUAUACUAUUCCUCUUUGUGCUGUCUUUAGUGUAAUGGACAUUCUGGUCCACAGACAGUACAACGAAGAAGUUUUGUUCUCUCCGUUCGCUACGAGAGUCGCCAAGGUUGCUCCAAUUCUUUGGAUCCUGGUUUACUUUACAAACAAAAAUGUCAAUAAAAAUUGGGUGCAACUUUCAAUGUUUCUGGGUUCACUCGCUUGUGGAAGUUAUUUGUUGUGGGUUAUUAACAGAGCUAAUUAUUACGGAGUGAUGCGUAGAUGCCCUUCCCUCGCCACUCUCUGGGUUUACCUUGUCAUACAACUCCGACUGUUACCUUCAGUUUUGAGUUUGAUCUGUGUCUACCUUUAUUUUUUCUACAUGGGAUUUAAAUUCUAG